AUGUCUGUCGAAGAAAUUGGUACUCACGAGGACGUCCAGCUGGAACAACUUCUGAAGUGCUCGCUACCAACCUCUCGUGUUAAGAAGAUAUGUCGUCUAGAUCCCGAUCUUUCUAUGAUUGGCGGUGAUGCCAUUCUCUUCUUGACGAAGGCCACGGAACUAUUUUUAACAGAGCUGGCGAAGGCCUCGUAUACGCAAGCAGUGUUGGAAAAGAGGAAGACUAUACAAACGAAGGAUUUAGAUAAGGCCAUAGCUUCGAAACAUAUGUUCGAGUUCCUUGAUGACACUUUGAAUGACUGGCCUGAAGCUGAAACUUCCGAGACAUUCUUACAAGCGAAGAAUCGCAUAGAAAAAAGCACCAUUGAAGAGGAAGAUGUAGUUGACGGGGAUGUCGCUGAAUUUUUGGAUGAUGACCUCGAGGUUGCAACGGGAGAAUUCGGAGAGGGUCACGGUCUUGAAAACGACGAUGGAGGAGUGGUUUCAUCUGAGUCUGUCAUUGCCAGCGUAGAUAUCAUUGAAAGUUCGCAAGCAGGGAGUACAGAUUAA